CUUCCUCAGAGGGUUAACUGCCUGCAAAGGACAAACUGGUUUGAACAUGGUCGUAAACUUGAUUCUCGGUCGUGCCAACCAGCAAACGAAAAAGCGUGGACUCGACAAGUCUAAGGAGUUUGGCAUUGGCUGUCAUCGUUCUGAGGCGUUUUGGAAAGCCCUAUCGAGGGAACUGGAGAACAAGAACUUGUGCGAGCAAGUGUCGAAACAGAUGAGCUCCGGAAUGCGUUAUUUCGCAUGGCGCACGACAGAUCAGGGAAAAACCUUCAGAGACUCAACCAUUGACGUGUUUCAGCUAGAAUUGCCCUUGCCGAAAGAUUUAGCGGACAGUAUCAAGGAUGCCGAUGAAAAGGAAAGCGCAAAAAACGGCUCCUUGGGCAGUAUGAACAAUACAGCAGCAGGCAGAAUCAAACGAGAUAAAGGGAUAUUUUUGCCUGGUGUAAGCGGCUCUUCAAGAACAACCUUUAAUAUUGGUGUUGGAGCUUUUGGCGAUACAACUACAUCGUCAAGUGGAACAGGCGCCGCUCCCUUUCUCGAGUCUACACAAGUCGACGAACUGUUCGACGAAUUAAAGCAGCUACGCCUUGUCUAUGGUCGCGGGAAAAACUUGCCGGACUAUAUCAAAAGUGGGCCGUUUUUGCGGAACUUGGCGAACGUGAGACCUUCGUCCAUUGCUAGGUGCGUGCACGUUGAGGGCUAUGCUGGAGGCAUCAUGCCAUCUCUGCUUGAGAAAUUCAUCAAAGUUUGCUGUGACUUCUGUCGACGACACAAGCUGCCAGCGGACAAUUUUCUGGCGCCGGGAGGUGUGGAGGACGUGGCCGCACCUGGUGUUGGAGGCGGGACCUCGUCUAGUUCUAGUUCGUCAUCUUCGUCAAUGAAUCCUCCGGCUGUUGGCGUUGGGGCUGGUGCCUCUGUACAUGCUGCUCCUUCAGCAGGAGGCGGGAACAUUCUAGCACAGGCAGGUAUAAUCGGAGGAGGUUCUUCAACUUCAUCUGCAACGACUUCUACGUUGAUGUUCCAUCACCCGACUGAAUUUACGCCAAAUGAAGAGACACAGACAGGAGGAACUGGCAUGAACACAGGAAACAGUGUUCUUGGUAUACUAUCUUCUGCAGCUGGUGGAUCAUCUUCUAGUUCAAGUGCCUCAAUCUUCAGAAGACCCGGGGGAACGGGAAAAAUACUAGGUCAGACGGCGAAAACAUCCUCCAGUGCUGCGGCAAUUUCCGGCACUUCAUCUAUUGCUAAACCACCUCCUAGCGGCCUUGGUGCUCCUGCGACGACUCCUACAGGUGGCCUAUUGCUUCCUUCGCUGUUUGACGAUCUAGAAAAACUGUCAUAUUCAGGAGAGAGAGAACCUUUGCCGCACCAGGCCGCGCACGAUAACUCAGGUGAUGUGAAAAACUGUGGUGCGACACUGUUUCCAACUUCAGCGUACUCGGGCACAAACACGACUAACUCAGAUUUUGGUCGUUGCGACCAACCACCAACAAAACGCAUGAAAUUGGAUACAUCUUCACAUAUAACAACACGGCAUUGA